UGUUUUCUCACGUCUCUCUCCUCACUCACCUCAUCUCACUUGCAUGGUGUUGUGCUUGUUCAAUUUUAACACUUCACGUUGAAUCACGACAAGAAACUACGUGCUAGGAUGUUCUCCUGCUGCGACGGUAUGGAGUACUGGGUCGAGGUCAACGAGCAGGGACCUCGACUCUGCCGCAAGCGAAAAACAAGCACCCGCUGCACCCUGCCUGCCAAUGUCCGUCCUUUGGCUCGCUCGGAGACAGUUCGCCCAGAGACAGUUCGCUCUACCGCACUUCGCUCUACCGCAGUUCACUCUACCGCAGUUCGCUAUACUGCAGCUCGCUAUACUGCAGCUCGCUCUACCGCAGGUCGCUCUGAAGCCAACCGCCGUCCUUUCGAAGAGUACAUCACCUGGGACACCCCUCAUUACCGCGCGUUCCUUGUCCCUGAAAGUGAAAUAGUGGAGCUGGGCAAAGAAGCCUGGCUGGACCGUCGUAGGAAGUACCGCGAGCUCCGCGAAUCGUGCAAGGAACUCAUGGAGAAACGAAACAAAGACUGUGUGCCGUCGCACUAUGAGAGGUCGGCAGGAUAUAGGACUGACGUGAAACAAACCCCAGUCAGACCCAAAGACAACACCCCUGGCAGACCCAAAGACACCUAUGUGAGAAGUUCGUAUCGAUCGAAUGGAAACCAGGCUGCGACUGCGUCCACCAGAAGACAGACCUGGACUAAUGAUCGAGUUACCAAUUCCUUUUGGUGAUCAUACCACAGUCGAGAUGAGCUGUACGAUAUGACAUUGCCUCAAGUUUGUAUCUUAUUUAUGUUUGCGCUUUUUCUGUUUUUUAUCGUCACCAACGGUGCCAUGUCGU